AUGGCAACAAAAGAAGCGGCAAGUUCGUCCAAAAUGACCGAAGAAGAGAAAAUGCUCAAGGGUGAAUUAUAUCAAGCCUUUGAUCCUGUCUUGUUGGAACAACGGCAAAAAGCCAAACUAUUGUGCUUUCAACUAAACCAAACGUCGCCUUUGGAAGUCGAAGCUCGUCAACAGAUUGUACAAGAACUGCUUCCCAAUUCCAAGGACAGCAAGAACAUUUGGAUUGAAUCACCAUUUCAUGUCGACUAUGGGAUUCAUCUACACGUGGGGGACAACUUCUAUGCCAACCACGGGUGCACCAUAUUGGAUUGCAAUGCUUGCACGGUCGGAAAUAAUUGUUUGUUGGCUCCGCAUGUGUGCAUUUCGGCUGCCACGCACCCAAUCGAUCCUGUCUUGCGAUCCAGUGGUGCCGAAAUAACAGCUCCGAUUACAAUUGGUGACAAUGCAUGGAUUGGAGCCAAUGCCACCGUAUGUCCUGGUGUCACACUUGGAAAUAAUGUCGUAGUUGGAGCUGGGGCCGUUGUGACCAAGAGUUUUGGAGAUAAUGUAGUAAUUGGUGGAGUACCAGCCAAAGUAAUUCGGCAUUUGGAAAUAUCCAAUGAGCCAAAGAACGAAGAUUAA